UCUCGUCGGGGAUGUGUGUGUGUGUGUGGCUGACGGGUGUGUGAAUGAGUGAAUGUGUGUGUGUGUGUGUGUGUGUGUGUGUGUGAGCCGUGAUUCUUACAGCUGUGAGGAUUUAUGACAAGAGGAAGAGAAGAAGAGAGGAAGGAAGAGAGGAAGGAAGAGAGGAAGGAGGUGUUGAAGGGUAGAUGUGGAUUAACAUCGCUGCAGACGAGAAUCACAGCGAGUCAUCGUUUCCUCUGAGCUGCAGACGUCUUCAUCAUCAACCUUCAUCACUCCAUCUUUGUCUGCACAAGAAGGACUGAAGGAGGGAAAAAAGAGGGAAGGAAGGAGGCAGUGAAGAAGGGAUGGAGGGAGUUUAAGUCCUUGCUGAUCCUCCGGUCUUUAGGGAGUCAUGACGUCUCAGGAGGAGGCAUCUUCCUUCAGGAGGUUUUUUCAGUAUGUGGAAGACAGCGGCCUUCGAACAUACGACGGUCUGGUGAUCCAAAAUGCCUCUGACAUCGCAAGAGAGAGUGACCGCGUUCGCAACCAGACCAACUGGACUUACCUGCAGGAAAAACACCAGAAGAAGAGACGACAGGAAGAAGCCAUCAAAAGGAUUGGGGAAGAUGUUGCCAUGGCAACAGACGGGGCAUACUCUGGGAAACAUUUUAGGAUGGGUUUCAUGACGAUGCCGGCACCACAGGACCGUCUGCCACCCCCGAGUCAGGGGUUCACUGUCCGAUCCCAGUCCCUCCACUCGGUGGGCGGAGGAGAUGACGACUCCAACCACAACCGAAAACAACCCCCACCCAAACCCAAAAGAGACCCCAGCACCAAACUGAGCAGCAGCUCUGAGACGGUGAACGGAGGCACCGGAGUCACCAAGAGAGAUGCCCAAGAAACCAAUGAGACGCCAGAGCAGGCUGAAGCUCGAUGUCAUCUCUACAGUGAGGACUACAAGAAGAUGCCUCCACCCAAACCCAAAAGGAACCCAAACACUCAGCUCAGCACCUCCUUUGAUGAAUCUUACAUCCAUAACCAUGGUAGCAAGAAGUCUUCCUUGCGAUGGGACAAAUCUUCAUCCCAGAGUCAGAGUCCAGCGUCAAGAGACACAGACGAUGAGGAACCUGUCUACAUUGAGAUGGUGGGAAACAUCCUGCGAGAACUGAAAGGUCAGGAAGCCGUGGAGGAUGAGCAGUGUGAGUCAGUGUAUGAGGAGAUGAAAUACCCGAUGUUGGAGGACUUCCUACAGGACACUCACUCUGCCGUCAUGGAUCCUGAAGCCUGGUCAUCCCGCGGCUCUCUCUGCGACAUCCCUCCACCUUUCCCCAAUCUCCUGACUCACCGCCCACCACUGCUCAUCUUCCCCCCAGCCCCCGCUCAGUGCUCCCCCAACUCUGAUGAGUCCCCUCUCACCCCCUUAGAUGUCACCCGGUUGCCCAUGAUAGAAAACGUCUCCUACAGUAAGUCGGGUGGUGUCGAACAUCCUCAGAGCUCCAGCCACCACCGCAAGGAGCAGGGCCGGGAUCGGGACCGGGAUCUGCCCUCAACCCACACCAUUACAUCCUCCGGCCGCUCAUCUGCUCCGCCUCUCCCCUCAAACUUCUACAAGUCCUCUGGCUCCGCCCACGGUGGUCAUGGUUACCCCCGCAGCCAAUCAGCAUGUCCGUCUCCAGUCAGCAUGGGUCGGUCACUGACUCCUCUGAGCCUGAAGAGGCCGCCACCGUACGACGCUCUGAUGGCAGGAGGAAGUAUGCCCCGCUCCUCAUCUUCCUCUUCCUCAUCCUCACACAGGGCUGGGGAGGGUGGGGCUAAACUCAGUAACUCCUCCUCCACACAUGGUUCCAUGCAGAACGUGUCGAUGAGGUCACAGACUCCCACAAGCCCAUUGGACGAACUCAACCUCUUUACCUCUGGUAGACAGAUGAUGAAGAAGGGAUCCGGAGGCAGGAAGAGCCGAGAGAGUGAAGGAGACUUCAGGUCUCUGCCCAGACACGACACUAAAGACAGAGAUGGGCAGUCCAGUCCAGUCUCCAGCAGGAUGGGGAGGUCAUCUGUCAGCCCAACCAUGAUGCUGUCCGGAGGAGGAGGAGCAGGAGAAUCAAAGUCUGCGUGUAAACUUGGCCGUUCAGCCUCGACAUCAGGAGUUCCUUCACCAGGUGGGACUCCACAACGUCAUCUACAUGAGCCACAUCACCCCGCCCUCAGCCAGAUGCCGUGGCUCUGCGGAGAUGCCACCAUGAUGGAGAUGAUCGAGAAAAAAAGAAUUUUGUGUCGAGAGAUUAAAGCUCGUCAGCGGCCUGAGAAGAAUCUCUGUAAACAGGACAGUAUGCCCAUCCUGCCCAGCUGGAAGAGGAAGCAACCGCCACCAUAUUCUGCCCCACCCACUGCCACCGCAACUGGACAGACCACGGUGUUCUGGGACACAGCCAUCUGAAAUUCACUACAACACAGAAACAAUGAGGAUGAUGAUGAUGAUAAUAUAAUAAUGAUGAUGAGACAGCCAUCAGGCUACAGCCACAACACUGACACCUCUACCAAAACUAGAUUUUCUUCUAGCUGGUUUUCUCUCAUUGUUUUGAUUGACAGUAUCUAAUGACGCUUCACUACUGUCAAUAAAAUGUCAUUUAAGUUACAUGUUCUUUAGCACCAAAAGCUGUUAGCGUUUACACAUCAGGAAUAAAUUAGAGCAGAGAUUGAUCAUUGCAUAUACGCAUUUAGUUGUGUGUAUCUGGUUAUAGACAAAAUACUGACACCUUCAAAGUAAAAGCACAGAGAAACAAAUACAGAAAAAGAGACUCAUGUCAAAGAGAGGCAAAAAAAUGAACCCAACAACCACAAGAUAUAACAACAUGAUUUCAUACAGUUUCAAAUUUUAUAUAAUUAUUAAUUAAUUUAAUUAUUCAAUUAUUUUUUUCUCUAUCAACUAAUAAAACUGUCAACUAAACAAUGACAUUUAUUUGUAAUCAUGAAUCAAACAAAUCUUAUGAAUAGUUUUAUUAAUGUCACAUGAAACAACUUCAAGUGGGGUCUUGAUCCAGAUGUUGAGAAACUGUCAAAGAAACCAUUUGAGAAAAUCAGCAGAAAGAUAAAACACAGUCUGAAAAUUGACUUGAAACACACACACACACACACACACACACACACACACACACACACACACAGAGAGUUCUCCUGCCGUCCAAUCAGAGCGCAAGGGGGGGUGGCCGUACAGGUGUAGCAGAGCUUUCUGUCGUUAUUUUUCUAUCUGACCACUGAAAAAGAUUCAGAUGUUUUUUAAGUCUGACCGUCGUGUAGCAGAAAGCUGUAAAAAGAAAAAAUAAUUUAUAAACUCUUCUCUGUGUGAAAAAAACAACCUAAAUCUGUCGGUCAAACAUGUUUUUUAUAUUUAAAAAAGAAUCUGUGACGAUUGUCUGUGUGUGAAAGAAAAAGUCAGUAAGUGAUGUUUUUAUAUUUAAAAAUCUUUUAUUAUGAUGAAAAAGCACUAUUUUAAAAUGAGAAUAUUUUGGCAUGUUGUUGGUUGGUUUGGUCUCAUCCACUGUCCCCGAAACACAGACUGGAUUCCACUUUAACUCAUCUGAUACUGGGUCUCUUAGACAGCCGGAAAUGUUUCAUUCAAGACGGUUUGUUUCACUUUCUGAUGAUUGAAGAACAUUAAUGAUCAGAAAGACUAUCAACCACUGUUACUGUUCCACAUGUUGUCUUAGCAUCCGAUCACACAGAGACACACAACUAGAAACACAACGCCUGUUGUUUUCCUGUGGAACAGCAUGCCUGGCCUGCACAUCUCUGUUGUACUGCAGUGUUCUAGCAGUUUUAAAAUGCAUACAAGUGCAGGGCAUAGACUUGCUCGUCAAUUUCAUGACCCAGACAGGCAAUUUUGAUGCCGUCUGAUAGCCUGCUAGCUAGCUGUUGGAUUAUGAGAGUGGAAGGGUUAGCAGCACGGUGUAGUGGGAUAAAGUAACCUCAGUUAUCAUGUCUUUGGAAGGAAAUUAGAGUUUACUCAUACAGAGCUCAGCGUGUUGUCUGGUCGCCCGGGUUGCACACACUGCGUCUCCAUAGGUGCACCAGCAGUUUUUUUACUGACACUCUGUGCUGAGCCGUUUCUGAAGUGGUGGUUGAGUGUUUUUUCCCACAAAAACAUUAUUUACAUAUAUGUUACUGUACGUGCACAUUGGCUUUCGAAUGAACCAAACACACAUGCACACACACCGACCUUUGAACUGGCCUUGAACCAAUAGUAACAACUGUAUCAACUCAGCUGUUUUAGAUUGAAUGUUUUCUUUUUGUCUUCAAUCAGAACACCAACAGGAAGUGAAACAAAAACAAACUGAACUUCAAUUUAAACUUAAGCAGCCAGACAGGAAGUCCAUCAAGGUUACCUGAAAGUAACCUAAAGGUCAACUGAAGGUCAUGUGACAGUGUGAGUUUUUGGGACAGUGGAAAGAAAUUACUUGAUGGAUGCGGUGUAUUGAUUUAUUGAUGGAUGUGAACAAGCUGAUUGAUUAGCAUUAUGUCAAAUCAAAGGUGACAUGUGCUGAAGCCAACCAUUCUUGGAUACGGUGGGAAAUUUGAUGUUUUAAUAUGCACACAUUUAUCUUCUGUUCUUCGUCUCAUUAAAUGAGAUCAGCUGUGAUUUAAAACAAAGUGCACUUCUUCAGUUUCUAAAUCUUUAUAACAAGAAGGUUUUAUUGGAUUAUUCUGAUCAAUAAUCAUCUUUAAUCUGCAGUGAGGACUGUUUGUGUGGAUUUAUGAUCAAUAUUUAUGUCUCCUUAUGACUCUUCUGAUCAGAGCUAAAGGUUUUAUUUAUUUCUUUUAAUCUGUAUCCAUCCGACUCAUCCACCCUAAAACCCGUUUGAUGUUCAACCGGACAAACUGGACGAUGAGGACACGAUCAAUACCAAACGUCUGAUGAGCUGAACUGUAAUCUGAUUACUGUGACAUUGCAUUACAUUGACAGUAACUGCAGAUCAAUAAAUAUCACAGAAUCUUCAGUUUCCCAAAAACAGCGUAAGUGAAGACGUUAAAGAAGAAACAAGUGAUUCCCCAACAACGACAUGUUUGAGUUUUUAGUUUCUUUCUGACUUUUAUCAUUGGAACUGGUGUUCUUUGUUCAGUGACGUCAAUGAGUGAUCAUGUUCCAAUUAAAUGAGAAAGAAAUAAAAUUUAACUGACACACAAA